GCAAGUAAAUGAAAAGGUCAAACUUGUAUGCGGAAUGUCAGAAAAAAACACCAUGGCUUCGGGAGGAGAAGGAGACACUGAAGGAUCUUUUAAAGAUGCCAUAGUGAAACAGCUGAUUGUGUUGUUAAAGGAUUUCAUCUGGAAGCGGAUCGAAAGACGUUCACUGGGUGAUGCUGAAAGGAUUCGGAAAGUACUGAAUGCACAACAGCCAUGUACCCCACAGAUGCAAAAAAUCUCUGAGGGUCUCCAGGCUAUUGGAGAUCAAGUGGAUGGAGAAGUACAACGCGCAGUGGGAGAUCAAACAAUACGUCCCUCAAUGGACAACUACAUAAAAGUUGUCAUCGGGAUCUUUUCAGAUGGUGAAAUCAACUGGGGCAGGGUGGUUAUAGUGUUUUCCUUUACCUGCCUAUACGUUUUGAAAGCAUAUGAAGACAAAGUUUAUGACGUGAUAAAAAACAUAAUCAACUGGACCAUAGAUUAUUUCCAGAAUAAGGUUGUCAAUUGGAUAAGAAAUCAAGGUGGCUGGGAGGGGAUUUAUUCCUACAUCGGCGCUCCCACAUGGCAAACGGUGGCAAUUUUUCUGGCUGGUGUUCUCACCACCAUUUUCAUCAUCCACAAUGCAAGACGUGCGUGAGGCGCAAACAGAAGAACUAUUCAACAGUUGGCAACACCUUAUUUGACGGGUCGUGAAUAAGACUGUCAUGACACCGUCAUAAACAUGACAUAACGCCUGUCAUGAACAUGAGUAAGUCUUCAUGAAUAUUUAUGACUUGUCAUAAAGUAUAAUUUGGUAAAUCAUGACACUUCUGAUACAAAGUUGACUUUAUUCAACUUUGUCUUCAUUAUAACAACUUGACGUUAACUAAGAAAUCAUGAUCUGACAUAAAUUUGUUAUAAAAUAAUUACUGAUUAAACUCUAGCUUUAAUAACAUAAAGCUACAUAAUUUUUAAAAGUUUAAUCAGAAAUACUUUUACAACAAAUUUAUGUCAGAUCUCGAUUUCUUGGUUAAUGUCAAGUUGUCAUGACAAAGACAUUUUGAUUGAUGUCAACUUUGUACUAAAAGUGUCAUGAUUUACUGAAUGACGCGUUAUGAUGGUCCUAAAUAUUUAUGAAGACUUACUUAUGUUCAUCACAAGUGUUAUGUCAUGUUUAUGACGGUGUCGAGACAGUCUUAUUCACAACCCAUCAAAUAAAGUGUUGCCCAACAGUUGAAUGAGAAGAUAAUGGGCGUCUGCAAGUCAAGUCAAACAAGAGGAACUUGUAUGCAGGGAAGGAUUCCUUAUCGCCCAUUCGAUUGUGAGUUGGACUAGAAGUGUUCCUGUUUACAUGCACAAAAUCAGAGGGAUGGAGAGGAUUUUAGAGUUAAAGGGCGAUGAAAGUGAACUUAAUAAUUUUUAGUUGAAAAAGCAGAGUUUCAGUAGAUGGCAUAACAUGUUGAAAAUGUAUUUACAUUUAAUUGGACUUUUGGUACUUACUAAAUUUUUCUAGUAGCUAGAAUAUUUUUGUUUCAGAAACUAUCCCUACCCAACAUAUUGUCAGUUCAUAUUUUAUGGAACAGGCAGUGCUAUCCACUUCAAAGUUUGUGGACACUUUAUUUGAAAUGUGUUGUCAAUUACACCUUGUGAGUCUGUGAGUUAAGCAUUUGGCUCAUUAUAUAAAUAUAUUACUCUUGAAAGAUGUUAUCUUCUAACACCCUUAUUUAUUUGUCCAUUUUAAUAGGUUGUAUGAAGGACAGUUUCUGACAACACAUCUACAAUACUAAAAUUUAGUUAGGACCAUGUGAAGCACUGUUUGUUGAAAUAAAAAAUGUCUGAAAACCAAUUUGUAGAACCUAGAUUAAUGUUCGAAUGUGCCAUAUUAUACAUCAUGCGCUCAGCUAAAGUGCUCUCAGUAUGAACUUUGAUGAGCUGUAUUUCAAAAUUUAAAACAUAUUUUUAAAGCAUCUGCUUUAAUUAAAUGACCUGCAAUCAUCACCUUGAGUUUUCAUGCAUUGUUGUGUACAUGUAUUCAUUAGAUUUUUGGGAUAUUGGGGUUUGUUCAUCUUGUAUUUUUGAGUGUCAUGGACUGAUAUUUAAUGUGGCCAUUGAAAGAAGUUGUGUUAAACUUCUGGUAUAUGUUCAACUUUAUUUUUGACAAGUUCUGAGCACUUUAUAUUUGACUAAUACAACUGUUGUAAUGUUAUAUAGCCAGUGCCUUCUGUUUUUUUAUAAGAACAGUUAUUUUCCAAGGUUUCAACAAUUUCUGUUUGUAAGGCUAAAAAAUGCCUCAAAUUCACAUCAUAAGUUGAAAUGCAAGAAAUAAAUGCCUCCUUUUUAAAUA